AUGGAGCAUGAAAUCGAUCUCACCGACCUCCCUUCAUUUGCGCCCACCAGGCGCGCUCGGCGACGCGUGAGGGCUAUAGCUCAGGGCACUGGAGCCAGUGCAGUAGGGGAUUGCAUCGACUUGAGCUUUGAGGAGGACCCUGGCGCUCAACAGUUGGCCAGCGCGUCGCUGAAGGCCGGCCUUGUAGCUUCAGGCGUCAUGGAGCAGCAGCAGCGGCAGCAGCAGCAGUGGCGGCGGCGGAAUAACAAGCGGCAGUGGGCCGACAUGACGGGCCGCGAAGACCUGGCCUUUGACGGCAGCUCGCCUGGCCCUUUCUUCGCCUGCGGCGGCCCCUCGGCCCGCCCCGCCGGCAGCAGCGAGGGCAGCGGCGAGAGCGACGCGCUGCACUGGGGCGCGACUGGCGCGCGGCAGCGGCGGCGCCGCGCGGCGCCUGGUAGCGCGCACCAGGAGGUCGCCGCUGACGAUGACCCCGAGGUCGCAAUCAUGAGCGUGGUCGCCCCCACGCCCGCGCCCUCGGCGCAGCCGGCGCCCGCGCGCGCCGGGCGGCCGGGCCGGCAGGCCGCACCUGCGCCAGCGCCCACGGCGGCGCGGCGGCGCGCGUCUCCGGGGAGGCGGGAGCAGGAGGAGGAGGACGCGCGCCUCGCGCGGCAGCUGGCCCAGGAGGACGAAGUGCGGCGCAAGAGGGCGGACGACUAUGCAAGGGCCCGCAUGCAGAUGUGGCAGGACCUAGAGGAGGCAUCGAUGCAGCGGCAGCAGCAGCAGCAGCGCCCCACACGCAGCCGCGGGCAGCAGCAGCAACAGCAGCAGCCAUCGCAGCCGCAGUGGCGGCAGCAGCCGCGCCCCCGCUCCGGCGGCGCGCAGCGCAGGGGCAGCGGCGGCGGCGGCGGGGCCGAGGGCGCGGCCAUGCCCUACUCACCAAUGUCCUUCCUCCCGCCGGGCCGGCCGCCUCAUGUCCUGUUUGGUGCUGGCAUCGGCAGCGGCGGCAGCGCUGGCCGGCGCAGCAGCGGAGGGUAUGGGCAGGGGCGCGGGGGGGUGCCGCAGCCGCUGAUGGCGCUGCGCGAGGCGGUGGUGGGGCUGCAGCGGUCGGGGCUGCCGCCGCACCUUCUCUUCAGCGACCGCGACUUCACAGCAGACGACUACGACUUGCUGUGCCGUCUGGACGACACGGUGGAUAGCAGGAAGGGCGCCUCCAAGGAGCAGCUCUCGCAGCUGCCCACGCAGACAGCACCAGCUGGCGGCCUCACGGGGGAGGGUGGCGAGCGCCUGGCGUGCAGCGUGUGCCUUGAGGAGUUUGGCGACGGCCAGCAGCUGUGCACGCUGCCCUGCCUCCACAAAUUCCACGCGGGCUGCAUCCAGACGUGGCUGCGCCAGAAGGCCACCUGCCCCGUCUGCCAGCAGAAGCUGUGA